AUGAAGCGAGAGGUGCUGCAGAGUCCGACCGGAGCAGCAAUGAGGACCUCCAACAGCGCUGACCCGCUGGCCGGCAUCAUCCCUCGCACGCUGCAUCAGAUCUUUGAAAAGCUUUCUGAGAACGGCACAGAGUUCUCCGUCAAAGUCUCGCUGCUGGAGAUCUACAACGAGGAGCUGUUUGACCUCCUCAGCCCCACCGAGGACGUCAGCGAGCGGCUGCAGCUCUUCGACGACCCUCGCAACAAGCGCGGCGUGGUGGUGAAGGGUCUGGAGGAGGUGACGGUGCACAACAAAGACGAAGUCUACCAGAUCCUGGAGCGCGGAGCAGCAAAGAGGAGGACCGCCUCCACGCUCACUCGGAGCCAUGUCUUCAAACAUCCAGAGCGGGGGGAAACGGGAGGAGAAGGGCAGGAACAUCCAGGUGGUGGUCAGAUGCAGGUGUUCGGUCCGUCUGCGAAGCAGAUCGAAGUGUACCGGAGCGUCGUCUGUCCCAUCCUGGACGAGGUCAUCAUGGGGUACAACUGCACCGUGUUUGCCUACGGUCAGACAGGAACGGGAAAGACGUUCACCAUGGAGGGAGAGAGGAGCCCGGACGAGCAGUUCACCUGGGAGGAGGUCGAUCUCGCCGGCAGCGAGAACAUCGGCCGUUCCGGCGCCGUGGACAAGCGAGCUCGCGAGGCGGGAAACAUCAACCAAUCGCUGCUGACGCUGGGCCGAGUGAUCACCGCUCUGGUGGAGAAGAGGCCUCACGUCCCGUACAGAGAGUCCAAACUCACCAGAAUCCUUCAGGACUCGCUGGGAGGGCGGACCAAAACCUCAAUCAUCGCCACCGUGUCGCCGUCGUCCAGCAACCUGGAAGAGACGCUGAGCACCCUCGAGUACGCCAGCAGGGCCAAAAACAUCAUGAACAAGCCGGAGGUCAACCAGAAGCUCACCAAGAGGACGCUCAUUAAGGAAUACACCGAGGAGAUCGAGCGUCUGAAACGCGACCUGGCCGCCACCCGGGACAAGCACGGCGUCUACCUGUCCUCGGAGAACUACGAGAGCAUGGUGGCUCAGAUCACCGCCCACGAGGAGCAGGUUACAGAGUACAACGACAAGAUCGCCAUCAUGGAGGAGGAGCUUAAGAAGGUCACGGAGCUGUUUGCGGACAGCAAAGCCCGACUGGAGCAGUGCACCGCGGACCUGGACGAAAAGCAGCAGAGGCUGGAGGAGACGAGCAGAGACCUGCGGGAGACGAAGGUGAAGCUGAGCGAGGAGGCGUUCAUCUGCUCCGAGCUUUCCUCCGCCCAGGAGACGCUGUACGACACGGCCGGGCAGCUGCUGAGCACGGCGGACGCCAGCACCAGCGACGUGUCGGGCCUCCACGACAAGCUGAACAGGAAGAAAAAGGUGGAGGAGCACAACAGGGAGAUGCAGCAGAGCUUCGCCCAGCGCAUGGACGGCUCCUUCAGAGACGUGCAGCGCUGCAUCCAGCAGCACGGAGACAAACAGCGCCACAUGCUGAGCAGCUACUCGCAGGCCGUCGACGGUUUGCUCGUGAUGAACGAGGCGGCACUGAAGGGCGCUCUGACCACUGUGGAAUCCUUUGUGGGCGGAGUCAGGCCGCUGGUGGCUGAGAGCGUGGCCCGCUGCGAGGAGAAGGUGCAGCAGAACGAGACGCUGUGUCUGCAGGACAAGGAGAGCGUGCUGCAGCUGCUGGAGGAGCACCGACGGGACAUGGAGGAGGUGCUGGUGGUCCAAACUCUGAUGGGUUUAUCAGCAGCCAAAGAGCUCAACGACAGCCUGAGAGCUUCGAUGGAGAAGCAGCGAGCGCUGGCUGACAAAGCGGAGGCAAUGAAGGAGAUGGGCGUGGUGUUCGACAGCUUGGUCCGAGAGCUGGCGGCAAUGCGGGAGGCCGCCGUGCAGAGUCUGAGCGCCCUGCAGGCUGAACGCGACGAGCUGGAGGACAAGAUCAGGCAGGCGGAGGAGGAAAUCGAGCAGAAGGAUAUGAAGGAGACCAUCCAGUGCCUCCAGGACCAGCUCAACCUGCUGACUGUGAAGGUCAAGAAGAAGUUCACUGGUCUGUACUCUGCCUCCAGAGGCCUGCAGAAGCCCCUGCAGAGCCUCCAGGAGGACAUCAGCAGAGGCUGCAGCACAGUCGAGCACCAGGUCUCGGCCCAGGCGGACCUCCUGUCUUCCUCCGCCUCCUCCCUUGUCUCCUCCCUGUGUCUGACCGUGGACGAGAGCCGGCAGUCUCUGGAAGAGAUGUCGGGCUGCUGCUCCCACAUCCACAGCUCCGUCACCGGUCUGUUGGAGCGUGACCUCGAGUGGAGCUCCAGAGUGAAGGAGCACGCUGAGAAACGAGCCGAGGAGCACCUCACGCUGAUGAGGAAGGUUGGCUCUGAAGCUCAGGACCUGCGUCAGAGCGUGGAGGAUUGCUGCUCCGAGCAGCUGCGAGCAGCCAAGGCAGAUAUAUCCAACCAGCAGCAGGAGGUGACGCGAGCUCUGACGACUGUCAAGGAUCAGACCUCCGUCGACUGGAGCGUCCUGGAGGAGCAGCGGGCUGAGCUCCUGCAGCACGUGGAGGCGAGCGAGCAGCUGGUCCACAGCUUCCUGCGGGACGAGCUGCAGGAAGACGUUCCCACUGGUGCGACUCCUCAGCGGCGGGAGUUUGUGUAUCCCCGUCAGCUGGUGAAGUCUCGCCGCCGCAGCGAGCUGCUGGAGAGCCUGAGGAGGCAGCAGGAGGAGCUGCAGGCCGCCAUGGAGGCGGAAGAAGAGGAGGAGCUGGAGGAGGAGGACAAGCAGACUGACCCGGACUCGCUGGAGGACGAUCUGAGCACGUGCAACGAGAGUCUGGCCACAGAGCCGUCCUUCAUCGACGAGAACCUCGUCUUCAACGAGAGCAAGCGGGUCCCCUUCUUCAAGAAGAAGAAAGGCAAAAAGGAGACGAAGUUCCCGUCCCGGUCUAAAGUGUCGGAAAACGAAGCGGAGUCGACGCCUCAGAAAUCCAGACUGCCGCUCCGCUGUCAGAACUGAAACCUUAUUUCUCUUUAUUUUUAAUAACUUUAUUACUGUUUCUUCUUUUUUCUGACCUCUUUCAUCUUAAACGUGUCCUCAUGAUCUGUUUUAUUGUGGUUUGUGUCUCAGCACCUGCAAAUUGUUUGUAAAAUUAAAGAUUUAUUCUUGUUUUA